CUCCGAACCCGAUUUUCACAUAUAUACUUUUUUUUGUUCUCCUUUCCAGUUCCACCGAUAGUCUCUUCAACUUGCUAACCCCAACGAAACGCUGAGAAACGAUGCCAGAAACGCAGCCCGAAACGCCACCGAACUUCUGGGGCUACUUGCCGGAAGAAGAGUACUAUGCGUCUCAGGGAGUGCGAAACUCGCAGGAGUACUUUGAAACUCCCAAUGGGAAGCUCUUCACACAGAGUUUCUUACCGUUGGAUCAGAAAGUCAAAGCCACGGUAUACAUGACUCACGGCUAUGGAUCUGACACCGGAUGGCUGUUCCAGAAGAUUUGCAUCAACUUUGCGACGUGGGGUUACGCCGUUUUUGCCGCUGAUCUCCUGGGCCACGGCCGAUCUGAUGGUAUACGUUGUUACCUAGGUGAAAUGGAGAAGGUAGCUGCCUCGUCCUUAUCAUUCUUCAAGCAUGUGCGCUACAGUGAGCCAUACAAAGACCUACCCGCCUUCUUAUUUGGUGAGUCCCUGGGCGGACUAGCAACAAUGUUAAUGUACUUUCAAUCAGAAACCAACAUUUGGACCGGCCUGAUCUUCUCAGCCCCACUCUUUGUCAUCCCAGAGAAUAUGAAACCCAGCAAAGUCCAUCUCUUCGUGUACGGUCUCCUCUUUGGACUUGCCGACACGUGGGCUGCCAUGCCUGAUAACAAAAUGGUGGGCAAAGCGAUCAAGGACCCAGAAAAGCUGAAGAUCAUAGCAUCAAAUCCACGGAGGUAUACAGGGAAGCCGAGGGUGGGGACCAUGAGGGAGAUUGCUAGGAUGUGCCAGUACGUACAGGAUAAUUUCUCGAGAGUAACGGUGCCGUUUUUGACAGUGCAUGGAACGAUGGAUGGGGUCACGUGCCCUACGUCAUCUCAGUUGUUGUAUGAGAAGGCACCGAGUGCGGACAAGAGCAUCAAAAUAUAUGAUGGGAUGUACCAUUCUUUGAUCCAAGGAGAGCCUGAUGAAAAUGCUGAGCUUGUGUUGAAGGAUAUGAGGGAGUGGAUUGAUGAGAGGGUUGAGAGGUAUGGGCCUAAAAAUGGAUAAAUUGUGGCAUUAAAGCAAAAAAUAUGGAGAAAAGAAGGGCUUUAUGUAAUGGAAUAAGAGAAAAUGACUUUUUAAAAUUA